AUGGGCAGCCAGCUCCGCAGCCCCAACGCCUACCCUGUGCCCCGGUGGGGACCUCAGCCAGGGGAACCUGGCCCCGCCAAGCGCCGCCGUACUGAAGAGCCCGCGGGCCCCGAGUCCGGGAUGGCGUCCAGCCUACAAGACCCCACGGGGCCGCCGAACGCAGGGGCGCUCACUUCCGUGGUGGUCCUGGCCGCGGGCUGUGCCCUGCAGCUGCCCCUGGACGACGUCGACCUGGUGUUGGAGCCCGAGCCAACGUCGGUCCUGCAAGUGUCUCUCGGAGAGCACAACCUCAUGCUGGUCCCCGAGGCCCUCCUGGGUUCGGGAGACCAAGGCUCGGGAGGACAUGGCCUCUCGCCUGUGGGUCUGGAACCCGGCGCUCUCCCAUGCGCUCUCGGGGAAGACAUUGCCGUCCAACAGGGAUUCUUCUGCGCAUGUGUCCCAGAGAUCGCCGCCCAUGAAGAGGCCUAUGAGGAGGACGCCGACCACGAGUUCCCGCCGCCUUGGAUGGAUCCUGCAGCCAGCUUAGCCGCCGGAUUCCGCGGCUCAGCUAGAAGGGUGACCAGCCCCGACCCGUACAGCCCCGACUUGCACAGCUCCAUCCCAGAGCCCAUGCCUCGGGCGCCCACCCCUAGUCCAGAGAGACGCUCUCCUGGUCCCUACUUCAACCUGGACUUCCACCUUCUGGAGCCCUUCCCGACCUCACCACUCCAACCUCUACCUCCGUCUCCGAGUCCGGGUCCCCACGCGCGCCUCCAGCGCCCUCCUGGCCCUGCGCGCAAGGCGAGGAGACGCCUGUUCCAGGAAUGA